AUGAAUCUUGAUGUGAUGUUGACACUCUGUGGAGUCUUGUCUCACAGUUCCUUCAUACAAAGCAUUGCUUUGAAAAAGCCUGUUAAUAUGAGCAGUGUUUCAAAUAUAGAGGGAGCAUGUAACGGUGUUGACGGUUCACUCAAUAGUUUCAUCCUAAUACAGAGUGAAGAACAAGUAGAUUGGUGGUGUGUUGACCUGGGGAAAAUAUAUAUCUACCAGUCGAUUGUUAUAUACAGCAAUGGCAAUAGUGAGAUAUAUAGCAUGAAUCAAAUAAGUGGUUUCGAGUUACGUUUGGGCAACUAUGGACAAUGUUCUGUAGUAUCGUAUCAUGGAACCACGCUAUGUUAUGAAGAUAUUGAACCAAUUGGUCUUGCCUUGUACAACAUAACAUCGUGUAACCAUCCAGGCGUCACUUUCUCUUCAAGGUUUAUAUUCAUCAGUCCAAGAUCCUACGUCGUCUUGGAGGAGUUGGUGAAAAAUGCUGUUGCUGGAGAUCAUAAAUUGAAUACAAAAAUACUCGAGUAG